AGUACAAAUUUUGGGUAGACGUACCAUCUUUCACACUUUCACUUUUUUUGGUAGAAACAAAGUGGUAAAUAAUGUGGCCGGCAUGGGAUCCAAUGAUUUCUCAAAAGCCUCAUUCAGUAUUUGCCAGGCCCAACAAUUCACCUUCUCUCUCUUUCUCUCUCUCUCUCUCAGGUAUUUCUGCUUGCUUCCACUUCGAACCUUAUCUAAUAAGUCUUCUUGAACGAGUUAUUCCCUGUGUUGUUUAUAUCAUCCAGAGGCGCGAAACGAAACCAGUAGGUGUCGUAAUCAUCGUCUUUUCGAUGGGUUUAUAGUUGCAAUUUCAAAUCUGCUAGGGUUUCUCGUCUCUGCUCGGAGAAUGGCUUCACUGGUCAGAGAAUGGGCUGGAAUUCAGCAGUUUCCUGCCGCCACUCAGACCAAGUUACUUGAAUUGCUGGGGAACUUGAAACAGGAGAAUGUGAACACUUUGACCAUCUUGGUGAUGGGGAAAGGAGGCGUUGGAAAAUCUUCUACUCUGAAUUCAAUCAUAGGUGAAAGAGUAGUUGCUGCGGGUGCUUUCCAGGCAGAAGCUCCAAGACCUGUAAUGAUCUCACGUUCACGUGCGGGGUUCACAUUAAACAUUAUUGACACUCCAGGGCUUGUUGAAGCUGGAUAUGUGAAUGACCAAGCCCUUGAUCUCAUAAAGAGGUUCCUUUUGAACAAGACAAUAGAUGUUUUGCUCUACGUGGAUCGCCUGGAUGUAUAUAGAGUGGACAACUUGGAUUCACAAAUUGUGAAAGCCAUUACUAAUGCUUUCGGAAAGCAAAUUUGGCGUAGAGGUAUUGUCGUGCUUACUCAUGCUCAAAUGUCACCACCUGAUGGGUUGAGUUAUGAAGAGUAUUCCAGCAAAAGGUCAGCCGCUGUGGUGAAGGUUGUUCGUCAGGGAGCCCAAAUGAAGAAAUCAGAAUUCAAGAGAACUCCCAUUCCACAUGUGUUGGUUGAAAACAGCGGAAGAUGCAACAAGAAUGAAAGUGAUGAGAAGGUUUGCUGCGUUUUCUUAUGAAUUACACGUGUUUUUUUAAAGAGAAAAAACCUUCGCUUUGCUAAAAAAGGGUUCAAUCAUACACAGAUCCUUCCAAAUGGAACUGCUUGGAUCUCCGAUCUUGUUCAGACCAUCACGGAGAUUGUAUUAAGAGGAGGCCAAAGUAUUUUUGUUGACAAGGAGUUGAUUGAAGGACCAAAUCCUAAUGAAAGAGGAAAACUGUUCAUCCCUCUGCUCUUAGCUUUCCAGUUCUUUGUUGUGAAACGGAUUGAGAAGGGAAUCAAGGCUGAUAUCAGGGGACGAUAAGAAGACCGUUGUUAUGGAAGAGUUUGAUAAGUGUAAUAUCUCAAAAUCUUUUGUACUCCCGAGUAGUUAAACUGUACGAUGUUCUUGAGUUUUGACUUUUGAGUAUCUUCGGAGCUUAGAUUGUCUACUACAUAUAUAACAAUUGGAUUGCUUUCAUUUAUUUUGUUUUUUUAUAUAAUUUUUUGAUAAAUUUUUCCACAUGCU